UUUCACAAACAAAAUGUUAUAAACCGAAUCUAUUAUUAUUAUUUAUAUCACAGUUAGUGAUACAUUUCAUAGUUCCCUCUUACAUCGACUCUAUGGUAAUAACAAAUGACUUUAGUAACAGGUUUUAGUAAUGGUUGCGUAGUAUUUUGACAACAAUUCAUCAAUUAAUGCAUAGUGAUACAUAGGUAAUUUAGAUCCAAAAAUAAGUAAUAAUUCUCCAAGUUUACAAAUAUUAUACUUCUUUAAUGUCUAAAGUUAAUAGUUUUUUUACUUAAAUAUAAAUAGAAUAUUCAUUAAAAACACACUUGAUAUAGCUUAAUCAGUACACGUAUGCACACAUUAUGAGAAGCCGUUAAACACGUUUAUUUCAAAUUUUGUAAACCUAAUCCAUUUUAUUACUGCUAACCAGCGAUAUUUAUAACUAGAAGUAAAAUAAUCGUAACAGAUAAAAAAAAUCUACAAACGUUAUUAAAAACGGAUUUUUAACAACUAAUUGUUAAUAAGUUGGGUUGAACUUAGUUAAAAUGGCGUCAAAUAGCAAUAAUCUAGUGUAUGAAUGUAAUCAAAAUUAUUUCUAUGAUCAAAAAGGAUUAAAUACAUCCUACAAAAGAUAUUAUAAAAAAAAUAGAUACAAAGGAGAACAAAGUACCACAAGGCCCUUGUUCGACGAGACUGGACAUUUCAAAAAGAAUCAGAAUUGGCAUCGCCCUUCAUGGUCAAUCCCCAAACAACAGCAAAGUUUUUCUACUUAUCUUAAAAGAUACUCUCAAUGUAAUCGGUAUAAUAAUAACUAUCGUAAUCUCCACAAUUUUAACAAUAGUCGAUCAAACCAAAUAUCAAAAAAUGGAUAUUCAUUGAGCAAGUUGGAAAACCAAAAAGAAGUUAAAUCAAAUUGUGUUGACAAUAUAAAUAGUAGUAAUAUUCAAGAAAACAAUACAAUUUCUGAGAAACAAAAGAAAAAAACGCCAAUAUCCUUGUUAAAUGAAUGGACUAUGCAUUGUAAUGGAGUAAAUAAUAAAAAAAAGACUGUUUCUUACACACUAAUAGCUGUUAAAGGACAUGCACACAAGCCAAUAUUUACAUACUUGUGCUGUGCAUGUAAUAAAUCAGCUACAGGUCAAGGACAAUCUAAAAAAGAGGCAAAACAAAAUGCUGCGUCUAGAUUGUUAGAUAGACUGCUUGUUAGUGAAUCUUCCAACAAUAGAGAAAAAAUCAUUUCAACAAAAUCUAUUAGUACUAACUCAAAGGAUGAUCAAGAGCUAGUAAGCUCUUCUGAAAUUGAACCAGAAAAACCAUCUGAAGUUAAAAUUGAUUUAAAUGAUGAUACAAAACUUACAAAGUAUGAUGCAGUUCAAAUUGCUCAUUGUAAUAUGAAUCCUAUUGGAACCUUACAAGAAUUAUGUACAGCACAUAGAUGGGCAGCACCAUUUUAUAGUUUUGAAAAAUUAAAUUCAUUUGAGAAAUGUCAAAUAAACAAGAGAAAUAAAGGAAUUAUGUAUAAGGUUACUUGUCGAAUUUUUCACUUAGAAACAAAAGGAAUAGCACAUACUAAACGCUCUGCUAAACGUAAUGCUGCUCGUUUCAUGUUUAAUCAACUACAUUCAAUUGGUCCUGACAAACUAAAUGAACUAAAAUUAAUGCAAUCUAAAGUCAAAGUAUUAAAUAAAGAUAAAACUAAUGAAAAAUGUCUUAAAAUACAAAAAGAAAGUAAUAAUUUAGAAGAAUGGACAACAGCUCAUAGUUUCCGGUUAUAUUUUACUGCAGCUGUAAAUGCUUCAGCUUCUUCAUUAAAUGUCUCAGUAGUUUCAUCUCCAAUACAUUUAUUAAAUGAUAGUAACUCUUUAAAAGUACAAAAGCAACAAAAAAUAAAUCAAGAACAGUAUCAAAUAGAAAUGGAACAGUCAAUAGUACAGCAUUCAACAAACAUAAGUGCAGCUGAUAGAUUACAAUUUUUGUGUCAACAAUUAGGUUUUCGAGCAGUAUAUGUUUGUGUUAAUGACUUAGUAUCAACUAAUGAUCAAAUAGAUAAUAAAGUUAAAAAUCCAGAUGAGGAAUAUGCAGUUCUAGUACAAGUAAGUACUGUACCUGUCACUGUAACAGUAGGACGUGCACCUACUGCAGAUAAAGCAGUACAAAUAGCUGCAGAACGUGUAUUACAUGCAUUUAAAUCAAUGUUAUUCAUUACAUCAUCUAAUGCAGUAAAUUUAAAUAAUAACAAUGAACAAAGUGAAAUAUUGUCAAAUGAUUAUUGUUUUAGGAAAAUUUAGCUGGAAUGGAAUUAAUUUCAAUAAUUAUGUAAUAUAUUAGUUACUAUAUUUGGUAAGCUAAUUUAAUUUAUUAUGGAUCCUUUCUAAGGAAAUUUUCUCAUUUUAUAAAACUAGAAAAAAUUUGGAUACAUUUUUAUAAUUUUUUUGUUAAAUUAUUAUUUAUACAUUGAGAGCCAUUUUGCCACUUAAAUCAUGUUUUUUUUUUUUUUUUUUUUUUUUUUUUUAUAGCAUUAUAUUUUUAUAAAAAAUAUACUUUUUGUAACUUAGGCUAUAAUUUUUUUAUGAUUAAAGUACAAAUAAAAAUACAAUUAUUUUAAACAA